CAUUGAUACACACACGUGCACAUACAUUCAUUGUUCCAACCUUAGCCUAUAGCAAGCAAGCAACUACAAAUUUUCACGUUAAGAAUAUACUAUUAAAACCACCAGCGCGUGUACUUCAAACUCCGUUCAUUGAUCCACAAUGACCAACAACGUCGUGCCGGCUUCGUCGGCAGGCGCGGUGGGUAUCGCGGUGGCAGCUAUUCAACUUACUGAUCCUUCCACUUGGUGGCGUGACAUCGAUGAAUCUCCGACGUGGCAGAACCGUAUCUUCUACACUCUCGCCGUCCUCUACGGCGUCGUUUCCGCCAUAGCUUUGAUUCAACUAGUUCGAAUACAAUUGAGAGUUCCAGAAUAUGGUUGGACUACGCAGAAAGUCUUUCACUUUCUCAAUUUUUUGGUGAAUGCAGUUCGAUGUUUAGUUUUCGUUUUCUUUCGAAGUGUACAGAGGUUACAGCCAGAGAUUGUCCAACAUAUCUUACUUGAUGUGCCGAGUCUUGCUUUCUUUACAACAUAUGCACUUCUGGUCUUGUUCUGGGCUGAGAUUUAUUACCAGGCACGUGCUGUAUCCACUGAUGGACUGAAACCAAGCUUCUAUACGAUUAAUAUUGUGGUUUAUGUUGUUCAGAUCAUUUUGUGGUUGGUAUUAUGGUGGAAACCAGUCAGUGUACUAGUCAUUCUGUCUAAGAUGUUCUUUGCAGGGGUUUCUUUGUUUGCUGCCCUUGGCUUUCUUCUUUAUGGUGGAAGGCUAUUCUUGAUGCUGCAACGCUUUCCUGUUGAAUCCAAAGGGCGACGUAAGAAGCUGCAGGAGGUUGGCUAUGUGACAACCAUAUGUUUUUUAUGUUUCCUUAUCAGAUGCAUUAUGAUGUGCUUUAAUGCAUUUGAUAAAAAUGCGGACCUUAAUGUCAUGGACCAUCCUAUUCUAAACUUCAUAUAUUACCUGUUUGUUGAAAUAUUACCUUCUUCUUUGGUCCUAUUCAUUUUGAGGAAGCUUCCACCUAAGCGUGGUAUCACACAAUAUCACCCCAUUCGCUGAAAAGAUUGAACAUAUCUGGAAAAAGGAGUCAUCAGCAGUUGAUUAUUUCCUGACCUGAUUCUCACAGUCCAAUGGUAAUUUUUAUAGAGCAGAAAAGCUAGUAUUUUCUGUGUUAGGAGUGACAAAAACUUGUAUCGGGCUUGUGUAGAUUUCAAAAUGUGACAUUUCGUGCAUUCUCAAACGUGUUGAGCAGCUUGAGCUGUGUUAUUACUGAUAUUUGCUUUGACUAUGGUUGGUUCUGUUGUUUGAGCAAUUAAAUGUAAUGAGCAACCAUACUUGAGAAAAUGGGAUAGUGAUGUAUAAACAGUGUGUUACAUGGUGGUAAAUUUAUUCUUCAUUUCUUUAGUGAUGAAUUUUCUUUCUUCAGCA